GCGGAGCGGAAGCGGAGUGCGAGGGACCAGAGGAGUAAGAUCUCCGCGAGCUGGGAACCAACCGCGUCCUGACUCCCACCCCCCGGCCUUUCUCCAUCCCGACCUGGAGGCUGCUUCACGAGUGCCGUACUCAGCUGACGCCCGCUAAUCGGCUUUCGCUGAGCCGCUCGGGCUCAGAAGCCCAGGCGCUUCGGCGACCGUGACGGGAAGCCCACAAGCAAGCUCAGUUCUGUUCUACUUUGAGAGAGAGAGAAAGUCAAAUGCCCUUUUUAAAAUUAACUCCUUCUUCAAAACUCAUCUCUUCGGUGACUGAGUUAAUAGAGUGGAUACAACCUUGCUGAAGAUGAAGAAUAUACAAUAUUAGAGGAAAUUUUUUUCUUUUUUCUUUCAAAAGUCUUGAUUGUUUGGUGGCUUGUCUCCAGUUACCACUUUUCAGUCAAGUCUUUUUACUCCAUCAGAAAUGUUUUUUACAAUCUCAAGAAAAAAUAUGUCUCAGAAAUUGAGUUUACUGUUGCUUGUAUUUGGACUCAUUUGGGGAUUGAUGUUACUGCAUUACACUUUUCAACAACCAAGACAUCAAAGCAGUGUCAAGUUACGUGAACAAAUACUAGAUUUAAGCAAAAGAUAUGUUAAAGCUCUAGCAGAGGAAAAUAAGAACACAGUGGAUGUCGAGAAUGGUGCUUCUAUGGCAGGAUAUGCGGAUCUGAAAAGAACAAUUGCUGUCCUUUUGGAUGAUAUUUUGCAGCGCUUGGUGAAGCUGGAGAACAAAGUCGACUAUAUUGUUGUGAAUGGCUCAGCAACCAACAGUACCAAUGGUACUAGUGGGAAUUUGGUGCCAGUAACCACAAAUAAAAGAAUAAAUGCAUCAGGCAGCAUUAGAUAGCAGUCGAAGAUCACCUUGUGCUGCUACAUCCACUGUGGAUUGUAUCCUCUGGCAGAGAAGCUUUUUAAUCGCUGGCUAGGACAGCUUUUCAGUAAAAGCUCUACACAUUUUCAAGGAGUAUGCUGGAUCCACGGAACUCUAAUUCUGUAUAUAAAAUUUUAAAAGUAAUUAGUUUGCUUUCAGGCAAAUCUCUUCAAUGCUGUACUGUAUCCUUAAAGGGAAUUUGGUAACAUGGUUGAUGUAGUAAGCAGGUAGGUGAUUUUUGUCUAAAUCUUUUGUGUUUCAGAUUAAGCCGAAACAAAAACACUGAAAGACAUGGAUUCGUUUCUAUAAAAUAUUUAUUUAAGUAUGUAACAUGUUUUUCAGAUAAGUGAAGCAUAUUGUUAUUGAUUAAUCAUUCUUUGUUCUCAAUAGAUAUAACUGUUAGACAAAGGCUAUUAGAAAAUGUGCUUACUUCCAGUACUAUAUUUUGUUACUCAGAUUAUGAGCAGAGAAAGGAAAUAUAAUGUUGAAAAUAAUGUUUUGCAACCAUGACCCAAAGAAUGUGUUCAUUUGCACUAUCCUUCAAAAUAACUGAAGGUUUAAUUAUUGUAUAUUUAAAAAAAUUACAUUUAUACGAGUAUAAUCUUUCUGAAAUGGGUAGCAGCCACUGUCCAUAACCUAUUCUAAAUAUUGGGGCAGUUUAUUAACAACAUUAAAAUAGUAGUAAACUGUAAUCUCAUACUUAAAAUUUUCUUGUAUUCUGAAGAGUAAAAGAUAUUUUUAUGAUGAGAUUAAAAAUAACUAGAUGAGAUUAAAAAUAACUAAAGUAUUCAUGAUUUUUCACAUACAUGAAUGUUAAAAGUUUAACCCCUUGAGUAUCUGUGCUGUCAAGAAAGCACAUUAUUUCCAUACUUGGGUAAUUUUUGCUUUUAUUAUGUUGGUGAGGAAGGGACUGAGGUAUUUGGGAGACUGGGACUCUUGAGGAUUUUAGCCAGAUGUAUAUAAUAAAGAUACUUGUGCUACAAUAAAUUGCUUGGAAAAUGUUAACAUUAUAUUAUAUAAGAGUAUCCUGCUUUAUGAAAUUUUGGAUUUGUAUAAGAGAUACAGUAGAUAACCAUUUUAUAUAAUGACCGCUUAAAAUAAUUAAGAACAUUUAAAAUAUAAAUUAUGAAGAUGACUAUCUUUUCAAGAAAAAAAGCUACUGUAUAUAAGAGAUUCUAAUCUUGGGUAAUUCUAGUAUGGAAUAAAGUACACCUUUAUUUAAAUUUCCCUUAGCAAAUCUAAUUGCCAUAUGGUGCCCUAUAUUUUAUAGUAUUUAUUCUCUAUAAUAACUGCUUAAGAGCAGCUAGCUUCUAGAUUCAGACUGUAUUGAAUUUAGUUUGGGAUACUGUAUUGUUCAUUAUUACAGUAUGCUACCACAGGUAGCAAUAAUUAUAGUAUUUUAUUAAGUAUGUGAAAAUAUUGUUCCAUGAAAGAUAGAUUUCCAAACUCUGUUCUCUGUACUCUACCUUUAUGUGUACAUAUUAAUUAUAUACCAUUGCCAGGUGAAACUUGGAAUAAUUGUUCAGUCUCUUUUAUUAGAUGUGGACAUUCUUGUUUUUUGUUUUCAGGGAUCAAAUAAAAUAUAUCAUUUGUA